CGUGCAUCACAUUUAUCCGGGAGCUUUCGAUCCAAUAUGGCUCCCGUUGGCGAAAGAAACGACAAAAUGAAUUCUGUUGGGGAGGAUGAAGACACCGAGUCGCAAAAUCUUUGGUCUGCCAUCUUGAGUGAGGUCCAGUCAAGCUCUGCUUCAAAACUUCCUACAACAAAAAAUGUUGUAGUCUUUGGUGAUAAUGAAUCUGGAAAGACAACAUUGAUAGCUAAACUACAGGGUGUGGAAGAACCUAAGAAAGGAAUCGGUCUAGAGUACUAUUACCUGAAUGUAAAAGAUGAAUAUAGAGAUGAUCAAGGAAGAUUGGGCAUAUGGGCAUUAGAUGGAGAUCCCACUCACACAGGGUUGUUAAAGUACGGUCUCACUGAAGAGAAUUUCGAACAUAGUCUAGUCAUACUUGUUGCGUCCAUGGCAUGUCCGUGGGCUGUUUUGGAUUCCCUAGAAAAAUGGGUUUCGAUUUUGCGCCAGCAUAUAGAUAGAUUGAAAAUUUCACAUGAAGAUCGUAGGGAUUAUGAACAAAGUUUAAUAAGAUUCUACCAGGAGUAUGUAGAGCCAGACGAGAAUAACACAGUGAGUCAGACACCAUUGCGGCGGGACGUUAAUCCUCUACAUCCACAAGCUCCAACGGCUGACGACGAUAAAGUCUUGUUACCUCUUGGCGAAAAUAUUCUCGCACAAAAUUUAGGAAUACCGAUAGUAGUUGUAUUAACAAAGGCAGAUGCAAUCUCGACUUUAGAAAAAGAAAAUGAUUUUAGAGAAGAACAUUUCGACUUUAUACAAAUGCAUAUAAGAAACUUUUGUUUGCAUUAUGGUGCUGCAUUGUUUUACACAUCAGUAAAGGAAGAAAAGAAUUGUGACUUAUUACAUCAAUAUUUAUUACAUAGAAUCUAUGGUUUUCCUUUCACAAUGCCUGCAUAUGUUGUCGAGAAAGAUAGUGUGUUCAUACCCACAGGCUGGGACAAUGAUAAAAAGAUAGCAAUUUUACAUGAAAACUUACAAAGUAUAAAACCUACAGAGGCGUAUGAAGAUGUUAUAGCCAAGCCAGUCACUAGGAAGCCAGUGCAGAGAGACGCAGAGGUGACAGUGGAAGACGUGCAAGUGUUCCUCAUGAAACAACAGUCAUAUUUAAGUAAAGCACCAUCACCUGGAGCAGCUGGGGAGUCACCGUCAAAACCGUCUGGCACUACAGCAAAACCAACACCAGGUUUACAGAAAGCAUCUUCUUCACCAAAUCCUUCAAUGGUCUCACCGAAGAAGAUGGAUAGUAAAGCUGGUGGUCCAAAUACAAGUGAAGGAAUGCUGGCCAAUUUCUUCAACAGUUUAUUGAACAAAAAGACAGGAGCAGCCGGUUCACCUAGACCAGAUACAGCUGGGGUGCAUGCUGAAUUGGAAAAAAUGACAAAAACCACAAAACAGACAAAAAGAGCACAUUCAGAUGUGAAUCCAAAUGGACCAAGUUCUACAUCUUGAUUGGUUGCUUUCAGACCAUGUGACUAAAUAAAGCUUCCUGAUUGGUCAAUCCUGUGAUCAUUUUUGUUUAUAUUUCGAAAACAUCACUUUAAAAAACGAGCCAUUCUUAUCAGUCCCACCAGUGAUCAUGUGACUCGAUUUCUGCAAUCUGAUUGGCUCUUACAGAAUAUAUGUGACAGUGCUCUCCAUAUACAAGAUAUGAGGGGAAUAAAGUAUGUCGAGAACUGUGACACUUCUGUGUUCAUGUGAUUGUAGUCUGCUGGCAUUAUUGCAGAAAAAAUAACAUUUCCACUAGAAAAUGGGCUUAGUUAUGAAACUGUGAUUUGUGCAUGUAAAUCAGACUUUAAAAUAGUUUCAUGAUCAACCUACAAUGUAAAUACUUGUCAUUUUUGGACAUUCUGUCAGUGCCACCUCAAUUUUGCCUAAGUAUGUUACAGAAAGUCAGUGAAAAGAAGUUUUAACAUAACAGUAAGUUAUGGAAUAAGGAGAAGUUGAAAGUCAGUUUUAGAAUAUUUAAGCAAACUAAGAUGCAGUAUUUAUAUAUGUGAUCAUGUAACACAUUUUAAAAUGUAGAAUUGCACAGAUUCUUGAAACAGUGAAACUGACUAUAACUACAUUGCUGUAAGAUGUUGAAAUAAACUAUAGUUGUUUGAUUUCUAUUUUUGCUUUGUGAAUUGCAUGUAGCAGCCUGUGCCUGUCUAGUGAGUCAUUCAGAAAAGUUGAUUGUUAACAUAUAUAUUACAUGUAUACCAUGAUAUCUGAUUGAACAGAUGUCAUUGCCAAGGUAAAAUAGUCCAUAAAUUAUAAUACUUGUAUUGAUAAUAUCUGUAUUGCAAAAAAAAUGUGCUUUAUGUUAUAAUGGAAUACUUUUUGUAUUGUUUGUUUAUUUAUUGCUUUGUAAAUUUAAAGAGGAUUUUGAGUUUACAUGAUGGGUUAUGAUGCAUGCUUUGUCUUUGAUUUGUAUUUCUUCGUUAAAAUCAAAGUAUUCACAAAAAGUUUCCCAUAUUUUUUAAAUGGAGAUGGGAGAAAAUUUGUCAUCUUUUUAUCAUUUUGUUAUAAUGCAAGCAUUUGUUGUUAAAUUGAAAAAAACUAAGUAAAUUACUUUCAAGUAUGUAGUACAUUUAUAGUAUACUCUUAUUAAAUAGCUUGCUGGUUAGUAGUUUCUACUAUUGACUGCCAACCCAUUCAAUAAAUGUUUUAUUACAUGACAUGAGGUCGCUGAAGUAUGUUUACACGGUUAUAUUAAUUGGCUAAUUUAUUAUCAGUUUAUUAUCUCUUUUUUUUUAAUUACCUUCACUGCAGUAGAUAUAUAAAAUAUCUUGCAAAAAUGUUCUUUUAUCCGAUUCAAAGAUUUGUUUGAAAUACAUAUCAGUGCCAAAGAAUGUGUCGUAGCUUGCAACAUUUUUAUGACCAAGAAACCCAUUUAGUUAUUUUUCUGUUUAAUUUUAUGUUUAUAAAGGAAAAGUGCUGUUUUUAUUUCGUUUUGUUUGUUUUCAUUUUUGCUAUAUGUUGGUUUAAUAAUUUCAAAGUAUUUGGUUAAAAACACAAAUGAAAUGAAAAUCUGUGUAUUAUGUAAUUGUAACUUCAAAUUGCAGUACAUUUGAAAUGAAUAUGUGCAGGAAUUGAGUGUUUGAUGAUGUAUGUAAUGAAAUAUUCCAUGCAUGCAUAAAUCGCCAUGCUUAUAUUUUUUUUUUGAAAGUAGGUAUAACUGAGAUUGUGGUUUAUUUGUAAGAAAUUCAUAAAUGAGAAUUAAUUCUGCAAUAAACAGGCUUUAACUUCAUUUCAGACAAUUUUAGAACUUCAGCUAUUAUAUGUAAAAGUUUUGAAAUGAUUUGAUUUUGUUGUUUGAUAGUGAUAGAAUAUAUGUAUUUAUCGAUAAUUUUAUGGAUAAAAAAAGAUUAUUUAAAUAAAAAAAGAUUUUCCAGUUGAAGAAAACUGAUAAUUUCUGUCAUUUUACAUAAAUUAUGGUUGUUAGUUCAUUUGAUUGAAAUACAGAGAAUUUGCUCUUUGCCAGAUUUACACGUACUGGUUCAUUUCCUGACCCUUAUACAAUACAAAUAUAAAAGACAAUUUGCUGGACUAGCUGAAUUUUCAGGAAAAAGCAGAGUGAAUGUCUUAAAUGGAACAGAGUUAAACAAGUUUACCUGGGACUGUUUUAGAGAUAGGAAGUUUGUGCAUAUUGAAGCUGUAAAGGAGAUAGUCCGAGGGAUUUUAUGAUAUUCCAGUAAUUAUGUUAUGUGUACUAGUAAUCACGUAAAGUUUUCUUGUUUUAUGUUAAUAAGUUGAAUUGUGCUGUGAUAUUUUGUUUUCUUUUAAAGAGAUUUUCAGAGAGAUUUCUAUGAUAAACAAACACCAGAUAUGCAUAUAAUUAUUAAUGUUUUAAAGCAGUUAGUUGAAGUAACUAACAAUAUAGACAAAACUCACAUGUAUUUUGGGGCAGGAUAAGAUGCAUCUGCCAGGGAUCAUCCUAGAAGGCGAUUUGAGCGAUAUAGUCGCUUUAAAGUCGGCCACUUCGCCUAAUUAUCGCCUCUGGGCGAAAUCCAAAUCGCCGAGUUUUUCAGCGAGUUAUUACCUGUUUACUUAAAGUUGUAAAACUUGAUGCAUAUUCUAGAUUAAAUUAUCGAUAAAUCCAUAGUCAACCCCGCCUACUCACCUGUCAAACUUCAGCCAAUCAUAGCGUUAAUAUCCCACAGUGUCAAUCAAUAAUAUUGUAAGCCGCCGCCAUUUUGAAAAUUUUCAAUCGGUGUGUAAAAAGCCGAUAAACUUAACGUGAGCAUGAUCUUAUGCAACAACUGUAUAUUAUUCUUUCAUUUUAUUAAAGAUUUAAUACUUCAAAAAUUAUUUCAAUUUCCAUGAUUACGGUCAAUUUCUGUAAAUGAAUUGCUCGGGUACUGUGGAUAAAAAAUGAUUUUGCGGACGUCAGAACUGCCGUAGAAAAUAUUGUAAAAAGAUGCUAUUAUCUACGAGUUUGAUAUUAUUUUCGAAAAAAGAAGUAAAUAAAUAAGUUAAAUGUAUAAAUCUGAACAAGUUGAUGCAAAAAUCGGGCAUUAUAAAAGCACGAGAAUCGAAAAAUGAUUGAAAAUUUUCACGGCGUUUUGAUCGUGCACCUGUUAAAUUUACGAGUUUCGGACAUGUAAAUUUCGGAUAGAAAUUUAAAAGCGACUUUUUCAUAGUUAAGUUUAUACUUUAUUUAGAAAUUCAUGAAAAUCAUAAUGCAAGAAUCAAUUUCCUUAAAUAAUUACUGUUUAUAAGUUACAGCUAGACCCACAGAAAGUGGAUAUAUAUAGGCAAGAAACUGAAUGCUAUGCCGAUUCUUCUUAAAUUCCUCAACUUCUCCCUAAAUUCUGUGGAGGGAGAAGUCACUUCUCCCUAAAAUUUUGGCCUAGGAUGAUCCCUGAUCUGCAGAUUAAAUUUUGAAACUUACUGCUGUUAAAGCAAUUUUGAUGCUUUGAGAAUAGUUUUUUUUAACUGAAUGAGUAUUUAAAAAAUGUGAAUUGUAUAUUGCUGGAGAAAUUUAAAUUGCUAGGGUGAAGAAAUAAUAUUUUCAGUGUUACUUACGCUUUUAAAAUGGGAAGUUUGAGCCGCACUCGUGGCGUUGAAUUCUUCAUGUGAGGAAGCCAUCCAGCUGGAGUAUGGAAGGUCGGUGGUUCUACCCAAGUGCCCGCUUGUGAUGAAAUAAUGCACGGAGGGGCACCAGGGGUCUUCCUCCACCGUUAAAAGCUGGAAAGUUGCCAUAUGACCUGUAAUUGUGUAGGUGCGAUGUAAACCCAACAAAAAAAAGAACUGGUUGUUUAAGUUUUCCUUACCAGGAAGAAUUAACAUGGAUGAAGUAUAGAAAAACAACAUAUUUAACUGAUUCUGAUUUCUCAAUUGUUGUUAACACAGACUUAAAUCUGACUGUAAAAUGUGUGCAAUCUCUUGUUUACCAACCAGUUCCUAAACUACUCUACUUUGACCAUACAGAUAUACACAUUCCGUGUCUUAUUGUAACCAAGAGUAUCAUUUUAGAUAUGUCCAUAUUUAGUUCAUGUAAAUAGGCUUCGUAAGUUUAGCCAACAUUCUCUGAAAAGUAGGUGUAUUUUUUUUUUUUUUUCUUGGAUCGGUUUUAUGAAGAAUUCUGUAAUCAAAAAAAAAAUAAAAGGUAGAACAUUUAUGUUAAAAAAGUUGACAAUCUAGCAUUAGGGUUUAAGCUUUUAGUGGCCUUAAUACAAAAAUAACUUCUUCCAGUUUAUAUUUGUGUGCUUGUAUAAUUGUUGUGGUAAUUGAGACACUCAAAAAAAAUAAUCUAAUCUUUGUGAAAUAUAUCAAAAUUAGUUGACACAAACAUCUUAUUUAGUGAUAGAUAUAUAACAUGUACUUUUAAACAAGUGCAUCUUGGCAGUAGUGUUAAAAUUUAUUUUCUUUUUUGUGCAUCAUUUUUUUAAGUCCUUGGCAGUUUAAAGAAUUUUCUCUCACCAGAGGAUACAUUUUAAAUGUAUUGCUGAAUUUAGGCGAGCUGUUCGGUGCAAUUGGUUUAUUCUGCAGGGUUUAACAAAACUGUUCCUUCUGUCUGGGGUUACUUAUUUUUCAGUCCUCUCUGAAUAAGUAUAUCUGUAACAUUUUCUUGAAACAUCCUUAGAAAUAUAGUAACUAACAACUAAUACUAUUUUCUAAAUUUUAAAUAUGUAGUAACAGUAGUACCUUCACAUCUUCUCCAAGGAAAGAACAGAUAUGUAGUAACAGUAGUACCUUCACAUCUUCUCCAAGGAAAGAACAGAUUUGUUUGUACACAGUGUUUUACUCUUUUCACAUUCUAUUGAAUAGAUAUACCAAAUAGUAUAUUAGAAUUUUUCUAAAGCAUUUAAUCAUUUUAUUGCCAAGAAUUGACAUUUUUAGCUCUUCUCACAUCUGACAUUAUUUUUCACAUAGGCAUGUAGAAGCUCAGAAAGUUGCAAUAUUUUCAUCUGUAUAUGUUAUCAUAAUUAAGCUUAUUACACCCAGUAUUCAUCAUUUUGUAUAUCAUUCUCUUAUGGUCUGUGUAAGAUAAGUUGACAGUUGCUCGUGUAUAGUCUGUUUAAGAGAAAUUGACAGUUGCUGCGGGUAUCUGUUGUUCAAAACCAUUUUUAUUUACAGACUAUAGUCUGUUUCAAGUAAUGUUUGGUGACUGUGCAGAAAUACUAUUUUAAGUGAAUGCUAUUCUUAGACAUGUAACUUACAAGACAUUGACCACUAUUAUAUAGUCAGUUUCUUUUAUGUUUCAUGUUUGUGUGCUUGUAUAUGAAAUAAAUAAAUGAAUUUAUAUAAAACGUACUAGAUUAAAGUUUUAUUAUGUGCAUGUGUGUAUGAAAUAAUGUGAUUGAAAAUUAAUUCACAGCUUACUGUGAGUGAAAAUUACUUUAGUCUGCGCGAAUUGUCUGUUUAACGUGUGAUGUUUGAAAUGGUGUGAACUGGUAACUUGCCCAUCACAGACAGUCCUACUGUAAUCUCAUUUUGUAUUGUGUAAAAUGAGGAGGUUGUAUUUUUCAUAUAUCCUGUAAAGUACUCUGGUUUUUUAUUUCAAUAUUUUUUUUCCCUUUCAAUGCCUUCUGUGGGCUGGGUAAGGAAUCAUGAUUUUUGACUUUCAAGUUUUCUGUUGUUGACUACCAAGUAUUUUGAUGCCAGGUUCAGUAUCUAUGGUAACAUAAUAGGAAGUAAAACAUUACAUUUAAACAGUGUUAUGAUGUUUCUUUGCUUCAUUGUGAAAAUAUAUAGAUAUGGAAAAUGGUUUGUUUAACACUAAAAUAAAGAUUCAUAAUAAAAUCUGCAAAAUCCAUGACUUUAAUGGUAUUUAUUCUAAAACCAGAAUGUAGAGGAAAUAUGAACUGCUAAAAAAUACAAAGAAGUUAAUUCAUAAAUUUAUAAUUUUUUAUAUAAAAAAAAAUAUAUUGAAAAUGUAUUGAUUUCAAUUUAUUUUUAAAUUUAUUUUUGCAAGAGAUUUAUUGUAAAACCGAUUUUUUUCAUAUUAUUUAUAUUAGGUACUACUAAACACACUGUCUUAUAGUUCUGAUUGUACCAAUAUAUAUAGCUGCUUUUGAUAUUUUGCCAGUUAGAUAUUUAUUCAUUACACUACCCACCAAAAAUAACAUUGUGCAAAUUUCUCAUCACUUAAUCUAAAAAAAAAUGUUGCUGACCUUAAUGUAAAAAGCUUGUGUGAAAAAUAUGAAGAAAAUGUUGUAUUUUAACUCAGCAUACUGUAUUAUUUUUGUCAGAAAGUGCAUUUUCUUUCAACAUUUGUAGGGAAAAUCAAGUCAGUGAAAAAAGUAUUGAUCUGCCGAAGUAUCAUGGAUUUUUUCUUUUAUUGAAAAGGACAUCUUGUUAUUGGUGGAUGUUGUAGUUAAAAUUUGGCAUUUUGCCAACAGAUAUCUUGUUUUUUUCCUCUUUGUUACUUUGUGUACUCAUAUAGUGUGCUUUAACAUCUUUCAUCUUAAUAUAACUGAAUGGGUCUAGGUCAUAUUAAAUGUUACUGCAAAAAUAAAACUAAGAAAAACUGC